UGCGUGUGGGACCGGCACCGAAGGCUCGUGUCCGCAGGCGGCCUGCGCGGGGGGAAGGCCCUGGCUCUGAGUAGAACGUGUGCCACCAUCACGAUGCCUGAGGUAAGCACAGACCACCUGGAUGAGCAGCAGGUGCAGCUCUUGGCAGAGAUGUGCAUCCUGAUUGAUGAAAAUGAUAAUAAGAUUGGAGCGGAUACCAAGAAGAACUGCCACUUGAAUGAGAACAUUGAUAAAGGUUUACUGCACCGAGCUUUCAGUGUUUUCUUAUUUAAUACAGAAAAUAAAUUGUUACUGCAGCAGAGGUCAAGUGCAAAAAUUACAUUUCCAGAUUGUUUUACCAACACUUGCUGCAGUCAUCCUCUAAGCCAUCCACUGGAACUGGAAGAAAACAAUGCCAUUGGUGUUCGGAGAGCAGCACAGAGACGACUGAAAGCAGAGUUAGGAAUUCCCAUGGAGCAGGUGACUCCAGAAGAAAUCCAGUACCUGACACGGAUUCACUACAAGGCCAAGUCCGAUGGGAUCUGGGGAGAACAUGAGAUAGACUACAUCUUAUUUGUACAGAAGGAUGUGACACUGAAUCCCGACCCUAAUGAGAUCCAAAGCCACUGCUACGUGACACAGAAGGAACUGAAACAGCUCUUGGACAAAGCUUCCAGGGAUGAAGUUAAGAUUACUCCAUGGUUUAAACUUAUUGCAGAGACCUUUCUUUUUAAGUGGUGGGAUAACUUGCAUAACUUGAACAAAUUCAUUGAUCACGAGAAAAUACACCGAAUGUAAGUAACUGGGGAAAAGGAUGCUGAAGGCUGGCAGUGAUGUGCUGUCUCACUGACACGAUGGUAGCUCAUGACUCAAGUUUACUGACUGCAGAAAACUUGGAGCAUGUUUAGUAAUGUGUUCUCAUAUGGAGAUGUUUAUAGCCAGUGUGGUUUUUUUUUCCUGUCUUCACCUUUUGGCCCCCAGCCCUGUUUCUCUUGGGAGAGUUACCCUUGAUCUCAUGUAAAAUGGGUAGUGGCAACAUAAGAAACAUCUGGGCUCAUUCUUCUCCACUACCUGGUGUGAUACAGAAGAUCCUCAGCCCAAGUGUGCCCACUUCGCUCUUGCUCCCUUGCACAACUCCACACCCUGUCCCGCUCCUCCAGUGGGCCUGUCCCCUAUGCAGCAGCAGUGACACAUGGAUGCAAGCUCUGCACUGAUGCUGAGCAGAUAGGUUGCCUGAAGAAAAACCCAAUUAAUGCAAAGUAAUCAGGAUGACUUUAAUUGCAGAAAGCAGAUCUCUUCAGCUAGUGUACUCUAUAAUUAACUGAGCACAUAAAAGCUUAAGUAAUUG